UGUAACCAACAAACUUUGGACUUACACAUGUCGGACCUACUAAGGUUAGAAUUACAAACUUUGGACUUACAAAAAUCGGACUUACAAAUGGCAGACUUACAAAUGUCAGACCUACAAACUUUGGACUUACAAAUUCUUCGUACUUACACAUGUCGGACCUACUAAGGUUGGACUUAAAAACGCCAGACUUACAGAUGUCGGACCUACUAAGGUUGGACUUAAAAACGCCAGACUUACACAUGUCAGACCUACUAAGGUCACACUUACAAACUUCGUACUUACACAUGUCGGACCUACUAAGGUUGGACUUAAAAACGCCAGACUUACACAUGUCAGACCUACUAAGGUCAGACUUACAAACUUCGUACUUACACAUGUCGGACCUACUAAGGUAGGACUUAAAAACGCCAGACUUACUCAUGUCAAACCUACUAAGGUCAGACUUACAAACUUCGGACUUAUACAUGUCGGACAUAUACUAAGGUAGGACUUAAAAACUUCGCACUUACAAACCUCGGACUUACAAACCUAAGACUUACAAAUGAUGAACUUAAAAACGAUGAACUUAAAAAUGUCAGACUUACAAACGUCGGACCUACAAACUUUGGACUUACAUAUAUGUCGGAAUUAUUAACGUUGGAUUAUACAAACGGAUAUACAAAUGUCGGAAGUAUUAACGUCAAACGAGUAAAAAAUGUACAAACGUUGAAUUAGUAAAAAGAUAAUCGAAACGCAAAGGCUUACCAUUUUUCGUUUAUUUCAACCAACUUCGGUUGGUUAACGGAACUGCAGUGCCAAGCUCUACAGAGAACCUAAUGGAGGACGAGGUUGAGAUAAGAAGGAAAAAUCGUCUGAGUAGAUUGUCUGAGAAGGAAAUCAACAAAUACAAGGAUGUUUUUCAGUUGUUUGACAAAAAUAAAACUGGACGAAUAAGCUUGGCUGAGCUAGGCGAGGUUUUAGGCAGUGUAGGUCAACUCAUUGCUUCAGAUGAUUGCAGACAAGGAUGGGAAUGGAUUGGUUAAUGAACAAGAAUUUAUAGAUAUUAUGAAUAAAGAAAAUUAAAAUUUAAGAUAUAAUUAUAAUUCUAAAUAUAUGUGAAGCGGUAAA